AUGGCGUGCACCAGCUUCCUCCCACCCCAUCUGCGGAAGAAGACCAUGCCGUGCAAUACCCACACCUCCUCUGCGAAGCCAGCUCGUGCGAUAGCAGGUGCUCCGACCGCCUCGCAACCCGCGUCGGCCUCAAGCUAUGCUAAUCACGCCGAUCUGACUCCACCGGAUAGUCCACACAUGGAGAGCGAGAAACUGCUUGCAAAUCUGCAUUUGGCUUCGCUAGAGGAUACAUCCGCGACUCUCUACGAGAUUAAGGAUGAGCCUGAAGACAAGAACGAGGAUGAGGAUGAGGAUGACAACUGUAGCACCGACAAUGAGUUCGUGUCUGGCACGGAUUCUGAUGAUGAUGAUGGUGUCUACACAGACUCGAGUGAGGUCGCUCCUCGCAAAGAGGCUCCUGUAAUGAAUUUGCCAUCGUCAAUUCCGGAUGGCAUUGAUGUCUACUGUGAGCCUAUCACGCCGACGUACAAUCUGAUCAUCAUCGCCAGUCCAACAAGUCUGUUCUUCGCGGUGKUUUUCAUCAAUUGCAAAUUCGAGGGACCUGUCACCUUUUACGGCUGCAUCAUCAGUAACACGACCUUCACCAACUGCACGUUUAGAGGCUCGUGCAGAUUCGACAAUGUGGCCUUCAGAGAUGUGCAGGCGAUCGAUUGCACAUUCGACAAUACCUGGCUCUCGAACCGCAACUUCAUCGGAGAGCAGAUCAACGAGAUCAACGAUAAUGAUCGGCUCAUCGACGGCCGUCUGGGCAAUCGAGACACUUCCUGGCUCACAGAUCAAGCGGACGCCCUCAGCUUCUACUCAGCCCAAGCUACAGCUGCGCAAACCGAGGUGGAGGAACUGCACGAAGACGCGGCCGAGACGAGCCAGGCACUGUUUGAGCCAACGAAGUUCGAGCCAACGAAGUUUAUUCACGUCAAUUUCGAUGGAAAUUGA